AUGGAUUCGAAUCGUCGAUCUGUUCGACAUCUCGAAUCGGAAAAUGAUUCGAGUCGAACACCAACGAAUGAUCUAUUUCGAGCAUCAACUGUUGAUUCUGGUCGAGGAACAAUGCCGACUUCUGAACGAACAUCAGCAGUUGAUAGCAUAACAACUAAUGGUGCUUCAUCAUCAUUAUCAAGAGAUACACCACUUGACCAAGAAGAUGAUCAUAUAAAUGAAAAUUUCGAUCAAAAUAAACCAAUACGUAUUCGUCGUACUCCUGUUUUGAGCAUGAAAUGCUAUGAACAAGCAUUUGUUUCACAUAUUGAUCAUCCAUCAGCAUUUUUUCUUCAACUUGCACAUUUUGAAGAACGAUAUCGAGAUUUACAAAAACAAAUCAAUGAAUACUAUUCGAACAAUCCUAAAAUUAAUGCGUCAUCAUCAUGGAAAUAUGGUGAUUACUGUAUAGUUAAAUAUACUAAAGAUAAUCAAUUUUAUCGUGCAAGAAUUAUUGCAGUUCCACAAAUGACGAACAUAGCUAAUAAAUAUGAUGUUGUUUAUCUUGAUUAUGGUAAUUGGGAGAAAGUUGAUUCAAUUAAUAUUUAUCCAAUUCGACGAAAAUUUACAUUCUUACCAGCUCAAGCUGUUCCAUGUUCGUUAGCUAAGGCUUUACCUUAUAAUGGUACUGUUUGGUCGGAUCAACCUAAAGCUAUAGAAUUAUUUGAAAAACUUGUUUUUGAAAAAUUUGUUGAUGCAACAUUUUAUCCCAAAUCAUCUCGUGAUUAUUGGCCUUUAAGUUUUGUUGAUUUACGACUUUCUUCAACAAAAUUAAAUAUUCAUGAAUAUAUGAAAAAUGAAGGUCUUAUUCGUGAAGUAUCUAAUGAAAAAAUUUUUCAUGAAUUUCAUCAUUUACUACGACCAACUGAUUAUAUCAUAUAUAGUAUUCCAUAUGAAGGUGAAGAGAAUGAUGAUGAUGAUGAUUAA